CGUCGUCGGCGGUGGCCGGAGCGCGGGCGGUGGCGGCGGCGCGGCCGGCAGCGAGGGCCGGGGUGAGGCGGGCGAGGGGCGGCAGCGCGUAGCGAGACCCACGAAGCGAGACCCAGAGAGAGACUGUCGCGGGCAGGCGGUUCCCCCCGCGGCCCCCCUCGUCCUUCGCCGCCCGGUGGGUCCCGCCCGCCCCCGCCCUCCGGGCCGCGCGUCCUCCGGCCCCGCCGCCCCCGGAGCGGAGGAUGAUGAAGCUCAAGUCCAACCAGACGCGCACCUACGACGGGGACGGCUACAAGAAGCGGGCGGCCUGCCUGUGCUUCCGCAGCGAGAGCGAGGAGGAGGUGCUGCUGGUGAGCAGUAGUCGCCAUCCGGACCGAUGGAUCGUCCCUGGGGGUGGCAUGGAGCCCGAGGAGGAGCCCGGCGUGGCCGCCGUGCGCGAGGUCUGUGAAGAGGCUGGAGUGAAAGGGACGUUAGGAAGAUUAGUGGGAAUUUUUGAGAACCGGGACAGGAAGCACAGGACUUAUGUUUACGUACUCAUCGUCACCGAAGUGUUGGAGGACUGGGAGGACUCUGUCAAUAUUGGAAGGAAAAGGGAAUGGUUUAAGAUAGAGGAUGCCAUAAAAGUUCUGCAGUAUCAUAAACCAGUGCAGGCCUCGUAUUUUGAGACCUUGAGGCAAGGCUGCCUGGCCAACAACGGCACCCCGGUGAUGACCACGCCGUACUCCGAGAGCUCCGUGUCCGACAUCAGAUGACUGACGACGUCCCUGCGAGAGCAAUUCCCAAAAGCAGACUGAGACCUGGAUUUCCCUCCCCUCCCCGUUUCCAUGCCUCCUCCCUCACACCAGGCAUGGGCAGCCACCUGGGGCAGAGCAAGUGUUCAAGUGUUCAGAGUGCUGCGAUUUAGUGCAAGGUGGGAUGAAUUUUUUUUUGUUGUUGUUGGCUUUUUUUUUUUCCUUUUUUUUUUUUUUUUUUGAUCUGUAUUUUGUAAAAUACAUUUUGUGCAUGAAGUGCCCCUUUCCUGGUACUCCGCUCCACGGCCUGGAGGCUGCCAGCCCCUCAUCUGCCUUGUGCUCUGAAGUGUUCCAAGUGUCCCCUUGUGUCACCCCAGCCAGAGCCACUUUUUUUUUGUUGGUUUUUUUUUUUUUUUAAUUAAAAGACUUCCAAUGUGAGAUCAGCUCUUCAAGUCUUAGUCUGUACUGUAAGGUGCUGCUCAGACCCGUGUGGGGAUUACUCGCAGCGCAUCUGUAUAAACUUUUUUUUUUUUUAGAUGGAGGAUCUAACAUUUUAAUUUUGUGGGAGUUUUUUUUUCUUUUUAAUCCUGGUCUGCUUCUGAAAAGAAGUGUUCACGAUUAAUCUGUUUGCCUUUUGCUCUGUUUUUUAAAAACACACAUUCUGUGACAGUGCUGGUGGCUGGGCCAGUUUACUCCCCAACCAGAAUCUCCUGAUUUAGUGCAGUGACACUCGAAGUUGAGGGCAGAGUUCGGAUCACCUGCAGACAUCCCUGCGGCUUCUCCGACAGCUCCUGCUGGCGUUUCUGCGUUUCCAUCCCAGGGAAACCUCCUGGAGCUGGUCUGGAGCCAAAACCAAAACCAAACGGCCUCAGCAGCGCCGGGGAUGCAGUGGAGCCGGGAUGCAGUGGAGCAGGGAUGCAGUGGAGCCGGGAUGCAGUGGAGCCGGGAUGCAGGGGAGGGUCGGACGGACAAACCGCAGCGAGGCUCAGACACUCUGCACCCUCCUCCCGCUGCGUCAUGUCCCUCUUGUCCACAUGCCUUACGCCCUGCCGAGCUGGACACUUGGGGUUUGUGCCGGACCGUCCUCACCGCGCUCCGACAGCCGCGCGCGCGUCCCCCGAGAGAAAUCCCGAGCGGGGAGACAUUCAAAAAUUGAAAAAUUCAGGUGUUCAGUCUCUUGUCCUGUGGUUCUGCAGCACUUAGGGUCGCACCUGGAGCGUGCUGGAAGCCGUGAAAGGUACAGCUGCCUCCUGCAGGCAGCAUUCAGGGGGAGCAGCGCAGGAGAGCUCCCCGAGGCCUUGGCACGCUUCACUCGGGGGUUUGUUGUUUUAUUGCUGUAAGUUUCAUGCUGUCUUGAUUUGCCAACAGUGUUGUCUAGUUGGGAAAUAAAAUGGGAAGGGUUGGGGUUUUGGGGGGGGGGGUUGGGACAGGUACAAGUUUUGGGAGGGGCAUUAAUUAAUCCCUGGCUUGGGACAAGAAGUAGUUGCUGAGUUCAGUAACUUCUCCUUUGUCAGAGCAGAGCCAAGAUGUGAAAUUAAAUCUGCAGUACUUUUUUUUUCAGUUUUUUUUUUUCCUGCUCUUUAUUUAACAAAAAAUAUUCUAAUAAACACUCACUGUUCUGGAGUUUUCUCUCUUCCUGAGAAGCGCUUACAAUAUAAAAAUCCGAUAGAAAUAUCCAUGGAGCCUGGGACAAGGGGGAAUGGUAUCCUUGCUGGUUUGGCAAGAAGCUGUUCAUUUUAAGAUCCUCUUCUGUUCCUUUCCUUGUUCUCCCUGCUUUCAUCGGUGUGGAGUAGCCAGGCCAAAAGCAGUGCCAGUGAUCACUGACAUGGAAAACCACGCGUAAGGAACAGCCCAUUAUUCAAGGAGUAGCUCAAACCCAAGCGUCUGGAAUUGAGCCUAAAUUACACCAGUUCAGCUCACUUCAACUUAGAGACGAAUGUACAAUCCUUUCUCACUAUGUGCUGGUCAGCCUGAACCAAACUCUCAAAAGGGCUUGAAUAAUCUAUCUGGAAGUGUCCAAGAAAUUCCCAGAGUGGCUGUCCCCGUGCCCUGCGAGGCACCUGACACAGCCACCUACUGCCUUCAACGAGUCUUGGUCUCUACUGUACAGAUUAGUAUGUUGGAAAUGCUUUGCAACAAAACAGCUGGUACUCCUGAAAGAGUAACUGCAGUUUUAAUAUCAGCAGCAUGCACACUUUUGUUUUUAAACUAAAAAUGUUUUUACAGGGCUGUUAAACUGACAAUUUAGGGUAGAAUAUUGUUAAUGACUUGCUAAUGGCUUAUUUGUUUGGGUCAGAAAAAAUAAAUUGUGCCAAGAAAGUG